GAUUUUAACAGAAUCUUUAACGGAUUUUAUUGUUUUUGAGAAUUGCCAAAUUCGUUGCAAAUGGUGGAGGGUAUUCAAAGUUCGGCCUGGCCAAACUUACAGCUUUUUUACUUGUUUUAGCUUAACUUUCAUAAUCUACUAGAUUUCUUCCUUUAAUUAUGUAAAAGAUAAAAUAUUGUCGCACAAUGUAAAAGUACAUAUAGUGAGGACUGUACAUUGUAAUUUACUAUCAUAUAUCUAAUUUUUUUUUUCAAGAGAAAUUAACAAUUUGCUAACAACAAUUUAAAAGUCGAGCAGCUUUUUUCCUGCUUACUUUUAUCGAAUGUCGUUCAAUAACUUUAAUAAGGGAGUUAAUUCGCUCAACAGAGAUCACUGAGUAAUUUUUACGGCAAUUGUUAUUGUUCAAACCCAUUUUAAAAUACGUGAGGCAGAUUCAUUCGAUGCUUCACAUUGACCUUAACCGCAACAGUCUAACCUUGAAUAAAAGAAAAGUAGCAACAGAAUUGCAGAGAUCAAAACUACCGCAUCAGCAUAAAACCGAAGAAAAUUUGAGUAUAAAUAAGUCAUGGAAUCAUUGGUAAAGACAUCACAGUGUCUAUUCAACUCUCAACAACUUGCACUUGCAUUAUUGCUCCGCCAAUAUGAAAUUCGCUGCAACGGUUAUUUUCUUCGCUUUUGCCUACAUAAACUUGGCUCACAGCAAGAGCCUUAAAAAUUAUUACGCCAACAGUGUGACUGAAUAUAAGGGCCAGCGCAAACCCUUGGCCAGUCCCAUGGCUAACGGCAUACAUGAUAGCAGCUAUACCCGUUCAAAGCGUCAAAUUCCCCAGGCCAUACAAGAUUUGCAGGAUCUUCUGACCAACACCAAGAAAGACUGUGCCAAAGAAUUGGGUUUUGGUUCAUCCGUAAAUGACAAGACACUGCUGUACGAGGAGAAUCCCACGCCACAAGAAAAGUGUUUGAUGGCUUGCAUCCUGAGAAAAGUUAAUUUGAUGGACAAAAACAACCGGUUGUCUGUAGAUACCAUUGCCCGAAUUGCCGGCAGUGUCUCACAGAACAAUGAAUUGGUUAUUUCGGUGGCAGUGGCCACGGCCAACAACUGCAACAACUUGAUUAGCACCAAUCAUCCUUGCGAAGCUGCUGCCCAAAUCAACAAAUGCAUCGGCGGUGCCUUGAAGGCAAACAAAUUGAAAUUAUUCUAUUAAAAGUAUUAUAUUUUUAAUAUGAAAUAUCUGUAAUUUUUUCUACUUUUUUUACAUUUUCCAUAUAUAUUUGCAUCAAUUUUUAAACAAUAAUCAAUAUUUUUUAUAAUUUUUGUCGAGAAAAAUUUAAAUUAAUAUUUGAAAUAAACUAUAAUUUUUCAAUUAAA